AUGGCAACCUUCUCAUGGUCCGACGCGUUUCACGCCGCGCUCAACCCCUGCCUAUCCUGCAUUCGCUCUCCCCCUCCAUCUUCCGACCCGCACCAGCAACAUAGACGGUACUCCGACCUCGAGCGACUACUCGCCAACGACUCGACCGCUUCACUCGACCACGACGCCGACGCGCUCUCUUUGCACUCGAAUGCUGGCCGCGGAGGGACGAGGAGGAAGAAGAGCGUGUUCCCGAAGAGCAUCACGCUGUUUGGCUACCACCUCUUCGGGCGCCCGCCUAUCCAUCUCCCCGAGGACGAACCGUCGCUGGAGCCCUCGCGGCCCAUACGACCACCCCACACAGACCGCGUCGUCAGCACCGCAUCGCUCGAUCCCAUACCCGACGCCGCGCCUUUAGACGCAGACGCGAUUCAGGCGCGCGCGAACGAGGAGGCGGAGCGGGCGGAGAGGAAGAAGCGGAGGAGGGAGAAGAGAGAGGCGAAGAGGGCCGCGCUGGCGCUCGCGAUGCAGAACGGCGGGAACGAGGGCGAGGGCGCGUUUGAGGGGUUCCAGGGGAGCGGGCCGGUGCAGUUUGGGCGCGGGCUGUACUCGGACGAGACGUCCAGCGCGUCCGGCUCCGGCUCGGGCUAUUCACGGCCGAGGAUCACGACGCAGCAGCCUGAGGAGCGGUAUAUGGACGACGUAGACGGCGAUGCAGACGGCGACUUUGAUGCGCUCGCGUACUCGCGCCGCGCGCCCCGCGGAACGUCGGCAAACGGCUCGGACUCGCGCUCCCGCACGUCUGCCUCUCAGUCUCAAGGCCCGCUGUCGCCCGGCAUCGCGUCGUACAACCACCAAGCGCUCUCGUCGUCGCCUAUGCCCCACUCGCCACUAUCACCUCAUCACGACCCCUCCAUCACCCGGCAGAAGAAGCACAAGAAGACGAAGAGCAGUAGGACGGGCAGUAGUAAGAAGAGCGGCAGCUCCGCCGCGAGCUUUAGCGUGCCGUCGCCCUCUGCAGACGGGUUCCCUCAUGAACCGGCGGUGGCGGUGGCUGGAGCGAGCGAGGGGCAGGCGUUUGAGGGGUUCCCCGACGAUCUGCAGGAGUUGCCUACGGCGCAUGCUAUUGCGACGUUCCCCGACGCGCAGGUUGCUAGUCCGGGUUUGCCCAGUCCGGGGCUGGCUUCCCCCGCGACCCCAUUUCCGAGUAGAGAGGCCGGCGCUGCGUUGGAUCACUCGGUCGGACUGAAUACUUGCAUAAUCAUAUCAUACUACUUAUGGAUCUUCAUCGCACUCUCAUGUUGUAUAUACCCCUUGCCAUCCAUGCUCUAA